AUGAAAGAACAAGUGUCAACUGCGAAUGUAACAGAAGAAACAAUAGUAUGUUAUGCACCAAAUAUGAUUACCACAAAUGGAGUUUGGCAGGGAGAUAAUCCUUUGGAUUACUCUCUUCCUCUCUUCAUUUUGCAGUUGACACUAGUGGUCGUCACCACACGCGCUCUCGUUUUCGUUUUGAAACCUUUUCGCCAGCCUCGUGUGAUCUCUGAGAUUGUUGGAGGAGUAAUAUUGGGGCCAUCAGUACUUGGAAGAAAUCCCGAAAUUUCCAAUGCAAUUUUCCCUUUAAGAAGUGUAAUGGUGCUCGAGACAAUGGCAAAUGUUGGCCUUCUUUACUUUCUAUUCCUGGUUGGACUAGAGAUGGACAUAUCCGUGAUCCGUCGCACAGGGAAAAAGUGCUUAGCCUUGGCUGCGGCCGGCAUGAUCUUGCCUUUCCUUAUUGGUGUUGGCUUCUCAUUCCUUGUGCACAAUAAAUCACAACACAUGAGUCAAGGAAAUUUCAUACUUUUCGUUGGAGUCACCCUUUCUGUCACUGCUUUUCCCGUGCUGGCAACAAUUCUUGCAGAGCUCAAACUUAUCAACACAGAGCUUGGCAGGAUUGCCCUGUCUUCAGCUCUUUUCAAUGACAUGAGUGCUUGGAUUCUCUUAGCUUUCGCCAUUGCCUUAGGAGAGAAGGAAAGUAAUUCCUUGUCGUCCCUCUGGGUGAUAAUCUGCAGUGUAGCCUUUGUUAUCUUCUGCAUAUUUAUUGUUCGACCUCUCAUCUCCUGGAUGAUUUGGAGAACCCCAGAGGGUGAAGCCUUCAGUGAAUUCUACAUAUGUCUCAUUCUCACCGGGGUUAUGGUAGCAGGUUUCAUCACAGAUGCCAUUGGAACACACUCUGUUUUUGGAGCUUUUGUAUUUGGUUUGGUGAUUCCAAAUGGACCACUCGGACUUACUCUCAUAGAAAAGCUCGAGGAUUUCGUCUCAGGGCUUCUUCUCCCUCUCUUCUUUGCUAUGAGCGGACUCAAGACUGAUAUUGUAGCCAUCAAAGGAACUUUUACCUGGGGAAUUCUGUUGCUUGUGACAAUUCUAGCUUCUGCUGGUAAAAUUUUCGGUACUGUCAUUGUUGCACUCAUUUACCAGAUGCCAAUUCAUGAAGGAGUUACUCUUGGCUUGCUUAUGAAUACGAAAGGAUUAAUAGAAAUGAUUGUCCUCAAUGUUGGCAAGGACCAGAAGGUGUUAGACGAGUCGUCAUUUGCGAGCAUGGUUGUUGUAGCCAUCAUUAUGACAGCAGUAAUCACACCAAUUGUAACAAUAAUUUACAAGCCAGCAAGGAGAGUUUUACCGUACCAACAACGAACAAUCCAAAGAUCAAAACCAGAUUCAGAAUUGAGGCUACUGGUGUGUAUUAAUACUCCUCGAAAUGUCCCAACAAUAAUCAACCUUCUUGAAGCAUCUUACCCAAAAAAAAGAUCCCCAAUAUGCGUCUAUGUGCUUCAUCUUGUUGAACUUACUGGUCGUGCGUCUGCCAUGCUCAUAGUGCACAACAACAGGAAAUCUGGUAGGCCAGCCCUGAAUCGAACACAAGCUCAAUCAGACCACAUAAUCAGUGCCUUCGAGAACUAUGAGCAGCAUGCAGCUUGUGUAUCUGUUCAUCCCCUAACAGCCAUUUCCCCUUACUCCACUAUGCAUGAAGAUAUCUGCAGCUUGGCAGAGGACAAACGUGUAGCCCUCAUAAUCAUUCCCUUCCACAUGCACCAGACAGUUGAUGGAGCAAUGGAAGCCACUAACCCAGCAUUUCGUAUGGUCAAUCAGAAUCUACAAGCAAAUGCACCUUGCUCGGUUGGGAUUCUCGUUGACAGAGGCUUAAACGGGUCUACAAGGUUGGCUGCAAAUCAAGUGUCUCAUCAAAUUGCAGUGCUCUACUUUGGUGGCCCAGAUGACAGAGAGGCACUAGCAUAUGCAUGGAGAAUGUCCGAGCAUCCAGGAAUUAGUCUUACCGUGAUGAGAUUUAUUCCAGGAGAAGAUACAGUUGAUCCAGUAGCACAGCCUAGUUUUGAUCCAACCAACAAUGACAGGGAGAAGAAACUUGAUGUAGAGUUUAUAAACGACUUCAGGAUGAAGAAUGUAAAUGAUGAAUCAAUUGUUUAUACAGAGAAGGUGGCCAACAAUGGGGAGGAGACAGUGGCAGCAAUAAGAGCAAUGGACACAGUUCAUGACUUGUUCAUAGUAGGGAGAGGACAAGGAAUGAGCUCACCAUUAACGGCUGGUCUUACCGACUGGAGUGAGUGCCCAGAGCUUGGUGCAAUUGGGGAUUUGCUUGCAUCAUCUGACUUUUCAGCAACAGUGUCAGUGCUGGUUGUGCAACAGUAUGCAGGGAUAGGACCACAGAAUGAGGGAAUGGGAACACCUGACAGCCCGAGUCAGGCGGACAACAUAUUCAGCAAUGUAGACUCAUCAACUUUCAGAGGGCAACCCAUGUUUAACAAACCACAUUAAGUAGUAGUGUCAGUAGUGCUGACUCUUAUGCAACUUAAGCUUGGAAAGUUUACCAAUUCUGUGUGAUUCAAGUGUACACUUUUGUUAGAAAA